AUGGACGAUAACGACUUCUUUGGAUUCUCUCCGGGCAAAGGAGACGGACUCUCCCCGCCAAUGGAUAUAUGCGGGCUGUGCGACAAAGAAGAUACGCUUGCCAACUUGUGCUGUUUCAAGAAGGGUUUGAAACUUCACCGUGCGCGCUUCAACGGCAUUCGAGCGCACGACUCUUUCGUGGGGAAUGGCGCGCCAGAGCAGGUCCAGGAAGUAAUCAACAACGAGUUCAAGACAAAUCGCCCUGCGUGGAAGGCUAGAGUGUUGCCCUGGGUAAAGCCUGAGCAAAGAGAUGAUGCUCGGGCAGAGGCCAAAGCUAAGUAUUUGAGCAUACAGGACACGAUCAAGAAGGAAACGAACAAGGAGUUGGAUGACGACUUGUCCCUCGCCCUCGUUCAGUUCCAGGCCUUCCACGGCUUCUGGAACCGCAUGUCCGACGAAGACUGCGAAGUGUUGUUCUGGAAGAAACAUAAAGAGCAAGGAGGGGGGCAUGACACCGUGGAGAACGGCGAGAAGAUUGCCAAAGUGAAGGAGAAGGACAUCCAACGCACCAGAAACUCGAAGGGCGUUACCAGGACCGACUCGACUGCCAAGAUCACGACGGUGAGCGAGGAUGACUACGAGAACAAGCGGAGGCGGAUUACAUCCAAAAGGGCUGCACCGUCUGCUGGCUCGACGGGCGGUCCAUCGGCAUCGGCUGCGCCCUCGACUAUUGGUUACCCGACGAGCUACUUUAGCGAAAGCGAAGGGCCGGCCUCGCCAGCACAAUCGAUUCUCUCGGCAGAAACGCUGAAGCUGGCACCACGUUCCCACGAGGCGGCCGCCGCCGACGAAGAGCAGGACAAGAAGUCGACCAGGUCAGGCCAGAGUCGUCGCGGCGUCGAGAUCAAUAUCGACGACAAGACCAGGGAGCGCAAGGUGCCUACCCAGAGCGAGAUCAACGAUACCGAUGCCGUGAGGUUCAUGAACAUGAAGAAGCUGUGGCGUCAUAUGGCGGAACACGUGUCCAAAGGGUUCCAAGACCCAUCCAAUGGCUUCAUCAAACAACUGACCCAAGAAUCAGCAAGAGUGGAUGCAGCGAUGGAGCGGGACCUACCGAUAACUACGGAUGAACUGAAGACGAAGCUAAAAACGAUGUGUUUGGAGCUCGACAAGGAGAUAGACAACAUCACUCAAGCUACCAAGGGUACAUUCCUAAAGGUGACGCAGAACUUGGAAGAGAAGAUGAAGGGUCUCGAGAAAGAGAAGGACUCUGUGAUGGAUCAACUCGCGGGGUUUAAGUUCAUCAGUACGGAGUCGAAGGACAAAAGCAGGAAGGAGUACAUGCAGCAUUAUAACAGGGCCCUUACCAUCCAGAAGCGGUUGAUUAAAGGUCAGUUUCAAAAAGAGGUGGCAGCCAUCUGGUCGAGGUCACUCUACGCGGGCUUCGGGGAGGAUCAGAAGAACUACAUGCUUGGAAACUCUGACGCUGGCCAGAAGGAGAAGACCGCCAAGGGAGGGAGAAAGGUCAAGAAGCUGAUGUUACAAUGCGAGGCUGUAAAGAACUCUGAUCCCAUUGACUUCGAGAAGGUUGGUAUCUGGACAGCUGGACCUUUCUGUGAUGCUGUGAAGAACUACAUGGAGAAGCUGGGCGACACCAUCCAUUCCAAGAUCGAGGGCAUCGAGAGGGCGUUCGAUGAGAGGGGGUCCAACUGGUUGGGAUGCCUAGGCCGCCUCAACAUCUCGGCCCCAGAAGAUCCAGCUCUAUCGCUUCUUGGGGAUGGCUACUUCGACAUUGGCACUAAGGAUUGCGUACCGUGGCUCUGCACCGUGAGGGCGGACGCGUUCAGGCACGGACCUUCAGCAUUCCCUUUGAAUGGAUAUUCUAACUUGGUGGUCGUAAUCAGCGAGGUCAUGCAGUUUGUCCUGCUGCCAGUCGCGAACAUCAUCAGCCAGGGCAUCAUCCUAGCCGACGUGCCGAAGUUCUUAGCGUCCGAGGGCGCUACUACCACGCUCGAGGCUGGCUACCUGGUCACGCUCGCGCACCACGAGACCCUAUACGUGCCCUACGGUUUCAUCGCCCUGCCACUCUACUACCCAGCGACCCUCGACGAGAGCAAGAAGAGCGUACUUGGCCAUUGCAUGGUCUUGCCGCUGCUCCACCAGCAGCGUAUGAAGGCCUACGCAGCUACCAACGCCGCCGUCACGAAGGCGGUCAACAGCAGCAACAUGACUUUCCUAAGCAACCAGCCCCAGCAGAUGUAUAAGGACAGGGCCGCUGGCCUGAGCAGGUUUCACAACGAGUGA